AUGUCAACAAAGGAAAUGAAGGACACGAAAGCUGGAAGAUCAAACACCAAACAGACAAUGGACAAAGGAAGACCUUCCCUGUCAUUGUCAUCAGUCUCAGCUGAGGUUAAAGGCCAAGUUGUAUCUAUAAAACCAGCAAGCAAACAGAGGAGAACUUCAUCUGCAGGAGAUCAAGAUGACAAUUCAGAAAUGGACAACAUCAAAGUUACUCUUUCCUCCAUACAAGAGACCCUUAAAAAACUGGCGACCAAAGAUGACAUAAAAGAUCUAGUCAAAAGUGUUAUUAUGGAGGUAAAGGAGGAGUUAAAGAAGAAAAUGAAAGAGGAGCUUAAGGAGGAGAUCAAAGAGGAAAUUAAGGUAGAGAUGUUGCAGGAACUAAAAACAGAGAUGCACCAAGACUUGGAUGAGGAUAAGAGUCAACAUGGUCAAGAACUUUCCAAGAUGAGACAGCAACUGUCAGACAAGGUGGAUAGUUUAAUGAUGGACAAUGACACCAAUAUGGGGAAUGUAUCACAGCUGAAAAAAAGGAUCAGUUAUUGGAAAAACAGUUUAAAGAAACAAAUGGAAUUGCCAGUACAGCAAUUAGCAUGGCAAAUAUGA